AUGACUAGUUAUAUGGAUUUCAAUGAAACCACAACAACAGCAAUAAUUAUGUUAAAAAAUGAAUCAACAACAAUAAUAACAUCAAUUAAUGAAACAUCAUUAGAUGAUCUUUGUAAAAAUUUUCAUCUUAUUGUUUUUCUUUGUAUUAUAUUUAUAUUAAUUGUUUCGGCAAAUAUAUCUGUUAUUCUACAAUUAUGUUGUUCCAAAAAACGUCGUAGUCGAAUGAGUUUUUUUCUAUUAAAUCUUGCUUAUGCUGAUCUAUUUGUUGGUAUUAUUAUUGUUACUCGUGAUAUUAUUGAAAAAAGUUGUAUACCAUUUGUACUCGGAACUAUUGGUUGUCGAUUGAUUAGUUUUAUACAAGGUACAAUUGCAUAUAAUUCAAGUUAUGUACUUGUUUGUGUAUCAAUUGAUCGUCUAUAUGCAAUUAUUCGACCUAUGGAUGUACGAACAGCAUCUUCAGCAUUUCGUUAUUCAUUAAUAAUCGCAUCAUGGAUUAUUUCAAUGACAUUUGCUUCUGCUCAAUUAUAUUUACGAGAUAUUGAAACAAUACGAGGAAUGCCUAUAUGUGGUAAUCGAUCUGAUGUUCAAAAUUGGAAUGCAUAUGUUUAUUUUCUAUUUAUUUCACUUUAUCUUGUUCCAUUAAUUGUUAUGACUGUAUCAUAUAUUAUUAUAAUUGUAAUUAUAUGGAAAAAAAGUUCAGUUAAAAUUAAAGAUGAAUUACCACAUGAACGAAAUGGAAAAUCUAAAAUUCGUCGACUUAUUGCAUCGAAAGCAUCAAAUUCAAAUGCAACGAACAUAGGUGAUCAUCAAAUUGAAUCAAGUAUUCGUAAUGUAAGAUCAUUAGGUGUUAUACCAAGAGCAAAAAUAAAAACUGUUAAAAUGACAUUAGUCAUUGUUAUUGCUUUUACUGCAUGUUGGUCACCAUAUUUUCUUCUUAUGAUAAUGAAUUCACUUAAUUUAAUUCAAAAUUAUCUUCUUAUUCGUGUCACAUCAUCUUUAUGUUAUAUGAAUUCAUUAGCUAAUCCACUUAUUUAUUGGCUUUUUGUAACUAAUUUUUGUCUUCGAUGCAGAGAAAAUUAUGGUUGUAAUCAAUUACUAAGAACAACAUUAAUACCCAAAGAACAAAAUACAGGAGUUUGUGCUUUAUCUGAAGCUCGUUAUAGUAUUGGUAGUGCUAAACAACCACGUCGACGUUCAAGUGAAUAUCAUCGUGCACAUAAUCCACGUACACCAACAGUUUCAAUACCUGUACCUCGUCAAUCAAAUUAUCGUACACCACCAACAUCAUCUUAUGCUCGAGCAAGUAAACGUAUUGUUCAACAUCAAAAUUCACAAGCAUCACUUUUAUAUGCUUAUCAAUAUCAUCAUUAA